GUUCGCUCAGUCUCUCUUGCACACUCCCUCCACGCGGUCGCUCCCGUGUAUACAAACAACCGGUGUUCCAUUUCAAGUGAUCAAAAUGGCCAUCGACAGACUUUCCAUCAUCAAAUUCGUGGAAUUGGCACUGACAUGUGCCUGUGUGGGCAUCCACUACCACAGCUACAACUCGGAGCCUGACAUCGGCAUGCUGGUCACCGGUACCUUUGUCGGAUACCUCAUCAUCUUCGCCGGUCUCGCUGCAGGUUUCGUAAUGCAGACGCCGUCACACAAGCGCGUUAAUAUUUUCUUCUCUCUGGUUGGUGUAGCUCUCUUCGUGGCGAGCGGGGCUGUUAUCAUUGACCGUUACCAAGGCCAGACUAAUGACCACGGCAAGAAAAACUUAGCAAAAGCUUCACUGGCCAUCAUCAACGGUGCGAUUCUCCUAAUUGACGCUGUGUUGACGCAGCGCGGUGGCUAGAUGGCGCCGUUACACUACAUUUAAAGUAAUACUACGCAGUACCACCAAGUACCAAGAGAUGACGCUGAAAUUAAGUUAUGACUACAAUAGGGUGUAAUGUCUGUUUAUCCCAUUCCCUCACGUUUAUUUAUUUAUGGUCUUUUGUUGUUAAUAAGUAAGUUAUGCAACUCCUAUUUAUUGCUUUUAUUUAUACACUACAAAGAACAAAGUAAUUAAUAAGAAAACUUUGGACAUUUCUCUAUCGUUACUGUAAUGUUGAUAAAAAUACUACGAUUCCGAUAUAAUAAUGUGUUCAAAUUGUAAGAAUAUUUACACAACUUUACAAAAUAGGUACAGUUUUACUAAUCGUUAAGGAAUUACAAGCGAAAUCGAAUUAUUACAAGGCUUAAUUACACGUUAAUCAAAUAUAUUUGAUACUAUAUACUUGUCUUUAAAUGAUUUUACUAUAAUCAUCGAAACUGACUAAAUAUAUACCAAUAAUCUUAGUGCCUACGCUAGACGACACAAUUUUAUUUAAAAUAGGAUAUCUACUGAACGUUUAUAAUGUGCGUGUAUUUUGUAAAAUAUUGUACAUCAUUCGAAAGCUUGACAGAAUCAUGAAAGAGCAAAAAGAGAAGCUUGACAAUUUUGUACUGUUGUUUAUUUUAAGAUAGCAUAAGAUUUUUUUUACGUGUCUCAUAAAUAUAAAUCUCUGAUAAAUCUUUGAAAUUAUACAAUUUUGAACUGCUAAGAUAUUUGUAUCGACUUAUAUUAUAUACACAUUAUUAAUAUACAAGUGUAUAUUUUAAUACAUAACCAUUGACUUACAAUUAUAUGG